AUGGAGAUCGACCUCUUGCUUGCCAACUGCCGUGAACUACACCACCGUGGACUGUUGACGUCCGAGGAGCUCAAAGAAUAUGAAGCAUCUCUCCUCGCGUCUACUACUUCCUCCUCCGACGCCAUUCGCAAGCGCGUGUCGUCGCUGCUUGUGCAAGAUGCAGACACGAUCAUUGAGCGUGUGCGACUACGGUGCAACGAGCAAGACCAGGAGUCGACAGGCAGUUCUGAUCUGACGGCAGUCGCUGUGAAUAGCGCUUUGGGUGCGUUGAAUGCCUGGCUGCGGCCAACGCCCACACCGGCAUCGACGACAACACCUUCGACGCUGUGGGCCAGUGCAUUGGAUGGCGCCGUAGCCAUUUUGAAUGCGAGCAAGCGCAAGCAGCGCGUGCAGCAGUUAAAGCUGCAACUGAUGAGCGGCGAGGUGGCCACUUGCCGCCAUGUAGUGCUUUGUAUCAAUGGUUUUAUGACGCAAAGCGAUGAUCCGACGAACAAUUGGCGCGUAUGGACACAAGGCGACGAGCAACAGGAAGUUGCCGUCUUUGCCGUGCAGUGGGAGGCGGGUGAUUCUGCUGCCUGGAACGAGUUCUGUGCCCACGUGAAUGACAAUAUCAACAGCUCAUCGGUCUCAUCCAUGAUUGCGCACUUUACAGACAAUCCAUGGCACAGUGCCCAGGGCAAAGCAGAUCAAGUAGGCGUACUGCUUGCGCACGUGUUGGCUGAGCGUCUUGUACUGCUGCAAGGUCGCAAGAUCUCAUUGUUUGGCCAUUCAUUGGGAGGUGCUGUGAUCUAUAGCAUCUUUCAAGAGAUGGCAAAGCUACGAGCGGAGAAGAAAGGAGACAACUUACCACUGAUUGCUAAUGCCGUCAGCUUUGCAGGUGCAUUCAUCCCUGCAACGGAAGGUCUUGACAAUAUUUCAAAUGCUCUUGAUCCGAAAGGAGGCAAGUUCAUUAACGUCUUUUCAUCUCGUGACGGGGUGUUAUCAAGACUGUUUUGGGCAUUGCAACUGCCAGGAUCAAACACUCCAAUAGCUGCUGGUUGUCACUCUCUCACCUUUGGCGCUAUAUCUGCUGCAAAUUGCAUGAACGUCGAAGUCUCGGACGUCGUUGUUCCAUGCGUGGAAAACCAUUUUGGUCACAGCUACUCACAAUUCAUGAACGUCAUCAAGUUGCGUGUACUACCGCAUCUUUUCCAAUCAUAA